CUCGUUAAAAGACUAGUUGGCGCAGUGACGAGCAUCCGUUUCUCUCUCUCCACCCCCUCCUCCCCCUUCCACACACUCACCAUGGCCCCCGUCGCCAUCUCUAACCCGCCCUUCCCGGCAGGCGUCAACGCCGCCAAAGCGGCCGCCCUUGGCAACGGCAACGGCAACGGCAGCGCCACACCCUACUCGGCCACUUCCACGGCCGUCUCCGAGGCCGGUGACAAGAGCCCCAAGCUCGCCUCGCCCAAGGCCGAGCCCACCUCGCUCGCCGAGGGCGUCACACUUAUCCCCGGCGCGCCAGGGUACGUUGACCAGCUCGUCGCUGCCAACGCUGCGCUCCCCUCCACUGCUCCCGGCGCGACCGUGUACGCUUCGGGCCUCGAGGUCCUUGAGGCUUUGGCGGUGCAGAACUCGUCCGCUGUGUGGGUGUACGACGACGCCGUCGAAGUUGGAUUCGGGACCCGCCUCGCGGCCUGGGACGCAGACGACCUCCCCGCCGCCGCAGGCAAGGUGCACCCCGUCGAGACCCGUGAGGGCGCGGGCCUCGAAAUUGCCGGGUACGCCAAGAAGGCACCCGCCGGCAAGAUCUCGGUCUUCGCCUCCGCCACCACCCUCCCCUACCUCGCGGCUAACCUCGCCAAGAUUGAGGGCGAUGUCGUGAUCCACGUCGCAGCCACGGCCACCGGUGCCGACCUUGAGCUCACUGAUGCCCUCGCCGAGGCUGGUGUCCUCAAGGCCCUCACGCAGCUGCCUGAGGAGUGGGACGUCGUUUUCUCGGCUGGCGUCGACGUCAUUGCCACUGGCGCGCACCUGUAUGGCGCCGAGGGCAAGGUCGUGCACGUCGUCGAGUCGACUUACGCCGCGCGCGAGGUCCAGUCGUACAAGUUCCCGGCAGCGGGUGCGUACGACGAGUUCGUCGUCCUUGGUGAGGGCGCCGACGUCCACCUCGCCGUUGCGUCCCACGCCGCCUCGACCAUCGCCGGAGCCAAGGUCAUCCUUAACACCCUCUCCCCCUCGCCCGAGAAGCUCGCCGCCGCGCUCCAGAGCAAGGCCACUGUCACAGUCACCGGCCCAACCAUCUCGGAUGCUGAGGCCCUCAAGGCCGUCGUCCUCGCCGCCCUUUACUCCGCCCCCACCUCGAGCUCGGCCAAGCUGCCAGCCAUCAAGGUUGCCGUGACGCCCUCGACUGCGACUGCCCCUCAGGACGCCAAGGUUGUCUCGCUCUUCACCGCCCCCAAGGCACCCCUCCCCACCCUCCUCGCCCACCUCUUCUUCGCCUCGCCCUCCCUUGCCACCACCCUCGCACAGUACGGCGCUGUCACUGUCACGGGCACCAAGUCUGUGCUCGCUCUCUCGCAGGGCUCCGCUGUUCCUCUCGCCCCCAACACCCCCUCCGACCUCAUCUGGGUGCAGGACAACGGUGUGUUCAAGGGCACCGACGUCUUCGCCACCGCCAAGGACGGCGCGACCGUCGUCAUUGAGCUCCCCUGGACCGAGGAGGACCUUCAGUCCAAGCUGUCGGCGGCCGAGAUCAAGACAAUCCAGGACAAGAAACUCCGUGUCUUCCUCCUCGACCUCGAGCCUGGGAGCCCGCUUAACGUUAUCCGCGAGCAGGUCGCCUUCCUACUCCUUUACACCGGCUCGCAGCGCCUCCCCAAGGGUGUCUGGAAGGUCCUCGAUGCGUACCAUUCCGGCCAGCUCGGCCGCGACCAGGUCGAGGAGGCCCAGGCUGCGCUCUUCGAGAUCCCUCCCAACGUCCUCUCCGCCCUCGAGGUUGACCCCGAGAAGCUCAGCAAGAUCAAGGACGCGUGGACCUGGGACGCCGUUGCCGGCGAGCCCGUCGUUCUCGAGGCCGACGCCUUGCCCAAGCUCUCCUCGUGGGAGCUUGCCGCUCGCCACAUCCUCUUCCGCGAGGCUUACGCUGUCCCGGACUCGGGCGCCAAGCUCACCGACGCCGACGAGGUCUCGACUGGUGUCACCGCGCUCUCGCCCGAGCUUGACGAGGAGACGUUCCUCGUCACCGUCAGCGAGAACCGCCGCCUCACUCCCCUCACGUACGACCGCAACAUCUUCCACCUCGAGCUCGACACCAAGGGCACGGGCCUCAAGUACGAGAUCGGUGAGGCGAUCGGCAUCCACGGCUGGAACAAUGCCAAGGAGGUCGAGGAGUUCAUCGAGUGGUACGGCCUUGACCCCGAGGCAGUGGUCACGAUCCCGCACCUGGACCGCAAGGGACAGCAGACGACGCGCACUGUCUUCCAGCUCCUGCAGCAGAACCUGGACCUGUUCGGGCAGCCGGGCAAGUCGUUCUACGCGGACCUGUCCAAGUUCGCGACCAAGCGCGAGGAGGCGAUGAAGCUCAAGUUCAUCUCGGUGCCGGAGGGCGGCGAGCUGUUCGCGCGCAUGGCUGAGAACGAGACGGUCAACUUUGCCGACGUGCUGCGCGAGUUCCCGUCGGCGCGCCCUUCGGUCCAGGAGCUCAUGGGCCUCAUCCCCGAGAUCAAGCCGCGCCACUACUCGAUCGCCUCGGCGCAAGCUGUCGUCGGCGACAAGGUCGAGCUCCUCAUCGUCACCGUCGACUGGGUCGACACCAAGGGCCGCACCCGCUACGGCCAGUGCACGCGCUACCUCGUCGACCUGGCCGUCGGCGCCAAGGUCACCGUGUCCAUCAAGCCCUCGGUGAUGAAGCUGCCCCCCAACCCGACGCAGCCCCUCAUCAUGGCCGGCCUCGGCACGGGCGCCGCGCCCUUCCGCGCCUUCGCCCAGAUGCGCGCACACCAGAUGUCCCAGGGCAUCGAGGUGUCCACCGACAGCUCGUACUUCUUCGGCUCGCGCCACAGGUCCGAGGAGUACCUGUACGGCGAGGAGCUCGAGGCAUGGCGCGACGCCGGCGUCAUCGGGAACCUCGGCCUCGCGUUCUCGCGCGACCAGAAGCACAAGAUCUACAUCCAACACCGCAUCAAGGAGCACGGCCGUGUCCUCGCUAAGCAGCUGCUCGAGCAGGACCCGAAGAAGCAAGCCGCGUUCUACCUCUGUGGUCCUACCUGGCCCGUGCCCGACAUUUUCAACGCUCUCUGCGAGGCCCUCGUCGAAGAGGGCAACAUGUCGCGCGAGCAGGCUGAGCAGUACCUCGAGGACCUCAAGGAGUCGGAGCGCUACGUGCUCGAGGUGUACUAAGCCUGUCGUCGGCGGAUAUUGUUGUAGUAGUCAAGCAUAUACAGCAUAGAUGGGUGCGAUGCAUCUGGGUUUAGCGGAGC